AUGACUGCAAAGAAUAUCACUUGGCACCAAGGUAUCUCUUAUGAAGAACGUAUUUCUCUCAGAGGUCAAAAAGGAUAUACAUUAUGGUUUACAGGUUUAAGUGGUUCAGGUAAAAGUACCAUUGCCUGCGCUUUAGAAGAAUUACUGCUAAAAAAAAAAUACUCUGUAUACAGACUUGAUGGGGAUAAUAUUAGAUUCGGACUAAAUAAAGAUUUAGGCUUCUCUGAAGAUGACCGUAAUGAAAAUAUUAGAAGAAUUAGUGAAGUAUCAAAAUUAUUUGCAGAUUCAUGUGCUAUAUCUAUUACUUCUUUUAUUUCCCCAUAUUUAAAGGAGAGAAAUAAUGCUCGUCUUUUGCACGAAGAAGUAGGAUUACCUUUUAUUGAGAUAUUUGUUGAUGCUCCAUUACAUAUUGUCGAAGAGAGAGAUCCUAAAGGUUUGUAUAAGAAAGCUAGAGCUGGCGAAAUCAAGGAAUUUACUGGUAUCUCUGCCCCAUACGAAAAACCUGUUAAUCCAGAAAUACACAUAAAAUCGGAUGAAAACACAAUUGAAGAAAGUGUCGAUAUUAUUUACAAAUAUUUAUUAGAUAAGAAGUUACUUUAA